AUGUCACAACAAGAAAUUUCAAUUGAAAAUAAUGAAAUCAAUAAUGUACAAAAAAUUAAAUCAAAUAUAGAACCAACAACUCAAAUUAAACCUUCCACAAUGAUUAGUGUUAAAGAUUUUGCAUAUGAUGAAAAUGAUGAAUUACAUUAUGGUAUAAUAAAUUAUUCACAAUAUUUAAUUGAUGAAGAUUCUGAUUGUUUUGAGGAUGAAGAACAUGAAGAUCUAGAUGAAUUAUCAGAAGAACAACGAACCAAAAUCAUAGAGAAUAAAAAAAAUUUCAAAAAUUCUAUAAUAAAUAUACCGAAAAAUUAUUAUUUUGAAGAUGGUCCUCCAUGGAAAGAAGAUCCUGAUUUAAAAACACCAAUGAUUAAAGAUGAUUCUAAAAAUGAAUUUGAAUUUUCCAUAUCAUCAAGUGAUGAAAUUCAUGGUAAAGCUAUAGCAUUAUUUGAUUUCCAACCUGAAAAUGAUAAUGAAGUUGCCCUUAAAGAAGGUCAAAUCAUUUGGAUCUCUUAUAGACAUGGUCAAGGUUGGUUAGUUGCUGAAGAUUCUCAAACUGGUGAAACUGGUCUUGUCCCUGAAGAAUAUGUUCAAUUAGUUAAUGAUUUAGAAUAUUUUGAUGAACCAAAACCUUUUUUACCUGGGAUUAUACAAGGUGAAAAUAAUGAUGGUAUAAUAGAGGAUAAUGAAAGUGAUUGGAUUGAUGAAGAUGAUGAUGAAUUACCAAAUGUUGGGGAUAUAAAUCUUGAUAAAUGA